CGAGAGGAUGUGGAGCUGGAUGUUGGGAGAAAUGCAGAAGAGGGAACAGAUUAAAAAGGAAAAAGAGAUAGCCACCAGAAAGGAAGAAGAGGAGAAGAGGAGAAGAGGAGGAAGGAAUAAGAAGAGAUGCGGGUAACUGAGGCUAAAGACAAAGAAGAAUUUAAGGCAAGCAUUGGGAAGAUGGUAGAAAGUCAGGUGAGAAGUGUGUGUGAAGAAGUGCUGGGGAGAAAAAUAGGGGAAGGUGAACGACCUUUAGCUGCGACGACUGCUGAAAUUCGACGUCGAACGUAUGUAGAGGCGCAAAUGAACCAUGAAGGUGAAGACCUCCGAAAGAAGGAGGACGAGAUUGUGAGAUUGAAGCAGACGAUGGCAGAGAUGCAAAAACAAGCUUGCCGACCACAUCAAUCAGAACAGGAGUUAACGUCGCUAAGGAUGGAUAACCAGUAUCUGAUUCAGAAUGUCAUAAGGUCGAAGGAGCAGGUGAAUGAGCUUAUCAAGACCACAAGGGCAACGGUUGGAGUGGCAACUACAUCAAGCCCAUUGCCAGCAUCAGCAAGAGAGAAAGAGAAAACGACCAAUGAGCCUACUCCUGGAGACAUAAAGUUGAUUGAUGCAUACAAAAAACUCCGAGACGACAAAGAUAUGGCCGAAAGAGAAGUCCAAGCGCUGAAAGAAAGGAUUAAUAGAAUUGGGUUUGCGACGGCUACUCCGACAAGCAUGAAGAGAAAGAGAAUUCUACGGAAAAGUGUGUCGCCACCCUCCAAUCUACGAAUCCGGCUGAGCAAAGCGGCGAGUCCAGUAAAGAGUGGGGAGACUAGUGGGAGUGGGCAACUGAAUGUGAAGUUUGUUAAACUGAAGAAUGAAUGGCGAGACAAAUUCAAGAAAAGAGUGUGCAUCGAGUUGUCUAAGUUAAAAAAAAAGGAGAUUGAGCAGUUAUGUGGAGGGGAAGGGUUAGAGUACGUAACGAUUCAAGCUUCGGCAGCUGCUAUUGCCGACAUCUAUACGGAUCGAGCUUUUGGGAAGAGGAACGUUCCACCAUCUGUCGGCAAUACCGAGACACCUGAGGAUUCGGAAGAAUCGAAAGACUUGGUGGGGGGGAGCGAACAAGAGGAUGAUGACGACGAUGGUGUUCCGAUUGGUUGUUAAGAUUGGUCACCGAGCAUUGGUGAACUUGGUGAGCUAGCUCUGGCCUGUAGAGACGCACGCGACAGUCGACGCCUACAACGAGA